AGAUGGCGACCCACACUCUAUCCCACUCGAAAUCCAGGAGAGCGGCUUCUCGCCCUGCCUGCCCCUCCUGGCCGCCGCUCAGGGGCAGGGGUUUUUUGAUGACACCCUGUACCAGCAGACAGAGAUGGAUUUUGCCCCUUUAAGCGGCUCUCUGGAUCUGUCUGAGUUCCCGGGGCAGCCGUCCCUGCAGAUGAGCGAUGCUGUGGCCCUGGCGGGCCGGGAGGUGUCGGUGGAUAACGGCUGCACCGUGUCCAGGCACAGCGUAUCCUCUAGCCCUGGGGCGGAGGGCGCGGAGGGAAGCACCCACGACCUGUCGCAGCACCCGCUGCCCGAGAGAGGAGACUCGGCGGAUAUGAGCUCCGGCCCCGACGCAUUACAUCUGGCGCUGGCGUCGUCCGACGACCAGAGGCUCUCCUCGCGAGACGAGCUGGAGAGAGUGUUUGACAGAGGAGACGGCUCCUUUCUGGAGAGCAGCAUGACGGCUCCUGAGCUGCUGGCGCUUCUGGAGAAGGACGUCGGCGUUUCGGGCAGCAGCGCAACAGCUUCGGGGAGUUCUUCUUCCCGGACGGUCUCCAGCAAAGAGCCGGAGAGCGCGGACCCCCCCACAGAUCGUCGCCAGCCGUCGCUGUGCGGAGCCUUAGACACUCGAGCCCUGAGCGACAGCGCGCUAAACACUGAAGGAGAGGGCUUUAGAGAUGCCAGCGAAGUGCUUUUCUUCAACACAGAGCCGCCGGAGACCCCUGAGGACCCCGGAGAGUUUAGUCAGUUGGAGGCGUCUGGAAUUACUCUGCGGACGUCGAUGAGACAGUCUGCAGAACCCGCCAGGGGGGAACUUCACAAGAAACUGUGCUCUGAGAUUCAGCAGCGGCAUCGGGAAAAAGAGUUACUGAAAGCCAGCGGGAGCAAGGAGACCCCCAACGUGGCGUCUGCCCCCGCAGAGACCUCCCCGGAAUCAUCCCACCUGGGGGAGCCCACAAAGUUAGGAGAUCAGUCGGGGGUCUCCAGGGCGGAUCUGAGCGCGUCCUCCCGCUGCAGCAUAGAACGCGGCCACAAGGACACGGGAAUAUCUCCCGCCGACGGCUUCUCCGCGGGGGACGCUUCGUUUGUCGGUAGGCUGGCGCAGCCCAUCUCACAGUCCACCCCAGGAACCCUUCCCGCCACCGACGUCCGGAAGCAGCUCGCCGGAAGACUGAUGGAGAUAAAAGCCAAGCUCACCGGCUCCCAAAUGUCUUUAAACGAGGAGCCCUCCGGCAGAUCCUCCGCCAGUAACGCCGCUGCGUCUGGGAAGCCCCAAUCCGCCGAGAGCAGCCAGGGCUACCCGGAGAGCAGCGAUUCUCAGAGGUCUUCCUCGCCCCAGAGGAGGCGGAUCCAGUCGCUGCCCAGCUUGAAUUACAUCGAGAAAGUUGGCACCUGGAACACAAACCAGUCUUUCGACGCCCUGGUUUUGCGCGGCUUGACAGGGGUGUCCCCUAAAAAGAAAGCUUACAACGCGGUGGCGGAUUCACUAAACCGCAUGCUAUCCAAGCAGGUGAGCGGCGCGCCUCCGAAAAGAGGUCCAGCGGCCUCCUUCACCGCCGCGUCCUCAAUGACCAACCUGACCGUCAACGAGGAGACGUCCGGCAGCUCCCCGCUCACCAGGUCUCAGUCUUACAACUCGGUGAUUGCCGCAGGCGUGGAGAGCGGGCAGCCUCUCGCCCAGCCCCUCGCCCAGCCCCUCGCCCAGCCCCUCGCCCAGCCUCUCCGGCAGCCCCUCGCCCAGCCCCUCGCCCAGCCUCUCGCCCAGCCUCUCGCCCAGCCUCUCGCCCAGCCUCUCGCCCAGCCUGUGGAGAGAGACGAGAAGGAGUAUUCAGAAGCUCUUCGGGGUCCGGAAUCCUUACCAGAGCUCCGGGAAAAGCGGAUCAGCGACUCUCCGAGGGCGAGCGGAGCCGUGGGUGACGUUGCGGAGGAAAAAGAUGACGGACGGCACGAGAGAGGCGGUUCAGUCAUCCAGAAGAAAACGGAACUCGGGGAAAGUGUGGCGCGACCAGCCGGCCGGCAGAAUACUGCUCCUGACCUGGGGCAUAACGCACGCGGCGGGGCAAAUAACGUUAUGUUGGGGCAAUUCAGCGACGUUUCACUGGACAGCGAUCUCUUAAGCAGUUCUCGUUCCAGCGAGCCGGCCAACCAGGUUUCCAUGGAUUCGGCCGCCAUGCAUUCGCUCACCAGCUUGGAAGUGGACAACUUUGUGCCCGUUUGGUCGCCGACCGCAAAAACGUCAGAUCAAAGCGAGAUUAACAUCGAAGAGAGGAUACCUACAUAUCUUCGCAACCUCGGCAUCGAGCAGUCCCCCAGCGCCAUCCUCACGUCUUUCUCGUCUAACGGACCGAUCAGGGAGCCCGAGUUUUCUCCUUCUGAGCUGAGGACAAUCAAGGGAUCCACGGCCACCCCGACAAGGAGCAUGCGCCUAUCAGAAGGAGGCUCCCAGAGCGCUGCCAACGUCUCGCAGUCCAGCGUUUAUUCCACCGCUUCCACCGCCAGCGUCUCUGUGCCCAUGGGCUCCGAGGCGGGACCCGAGUCUCCUUUACCCGCCGGGGUUUCUCCUUCGCUCAGCUCCAGAUCCGGCCGGCCGAUAAGUCAGUACGAUGCCGCCUCUUACCCCGGCACCGGCCGCCGGCAGCUUCCCCCGGGCCACAGCUACGGCGAGGAUGCAGCGAAGCCAGAAGCCAGCGCGGUCUCGUCAUUGAAUGUCCCACCGCCUUCAGAAGAAGAUCACCACUUAGCGGAGUUAAAGCGCGUCAAGCAGCUCAUUCAGCAAUUUGAGUCGAGGGACGUUGGCCCGGAUCAGGCUUUGGAAGAAGCCCAGGCCGACCUGACCUCCUUCCUGAGAGCCUCGGAGGCCAAGCCGGCCACGGACCCCGCCAACGACUCCUUCAUCGGCUCCAAAACUCUCAAAGAGAUCCGUAAGCUGCUGGCCGAAGCGGAUAGCGGGGGUCUCGGGGACGCGGCCGGCUCGGAUCCGCCGCCAAUAAGAGACUUCGAUGAUCUGUCUACCGGAAUAGGUUUGAAUAAAUCAGACAGCAGCUGGUUGGAGAAUCCAAGCCGAGGUUUAUUCGCGGCCGCGUCGUGGGGCGACUCGUUAAACAGCGAUGUGACUCGCGAGACGCCGUUAACGAGCGGCCGCUCGGCGGAUUCAGACUGGGGGCGUUCGUUGGGUCAGAGAGAUCCCGUAAGAAGCGGCUUUGAUCCGGAGGACUUGAAGCAGCCGCAGAGACGCCAUGGAAGAUCCGACCCCGAGGGCUCCAACGGAGCAGCAGAAGACGCCGGGGUUCCCAACACCCAAUGCAGGACGCGCAGAAGCAAUGACGGCCCGCGGGAUUUCACCGGAGAAGCCGGACCCCCCGAGGACCUCCUGGGUCGCGUCAACGUUGCGGUUGGGGGUCUAGAAAAAGCUCUGGCCGCAGCGGGUUACCCGAGGGACGGCGAGGAGGUGCCAGAAAGCGAUGACGGCAGCGCCGACUCUCUCGCCACGCGGGUCAAGAGCCUGUUAAGAAGCGCCGUUCCCUUCACCCAGACGGCUCGGAGCGGCGAGGGGGACGGAGAGAGACCACGAGGUUCCAUGAAGCUGAGGUUGGCCGGCGAUCCCCCGGGAGACGCGGAGCUGAGCGAGGAGGACCGGAAGCGAAUCGAAGAGAUCAAGAGAGAGCUGCUGGAGGGGGCGAAGCGGGAUCGGCUGGCGGAGCCUCCGCGCCUCGGAAACGUCCGGGAAGAUGACGGCUGGAGAGACGCAGAUAAAUUCAGGUUGCGGAUUACCCCGUCGCCCGUCCUCAGCCAGCCGCACGACGCCAUCUUGGAGCCGCCGGUAACGAGUGAUGGCGGAUACAUCCCGCGGGGCGGUCUCACAGCUUUUAUAAACAUGGCCGCCGCGAACGCGCUCUCGGCAGGGCCGUCCGGAACGUCUCAAAGCCCAGAUAGAGUGAUGGAGUAUGAUGUCAUGAAACACGAGUCCUCCUGGGGCAACGAGGCCUACGCUCACGGCUACUCCAACGAAGACGUCAACAAGCCGAUAUCGUCCAUCACCUUCGCGUCUCGCAGGCGCCUCUCCCCCCUCUCCUCUUCUGCAGAGUAUCUGGAACCGUCCCUGCAUGACGUGGCUCCGGCGAGAGGCGGUGGGACUUCUGCCGGCCGUCUAGGUUCGGGAACGGAGUCGGCUGACAGGAGUUUUAGGUCAAACUAUGAACCCGACGUCCGUUCCCAUGGAAACGCCCCGCGGUCGCCUUUCCCUACCGAAGACGACGAGGAACGCAGACCGGCCGACCCUCCGCAGCCGCCCACCGCUGAACCCAAACCCGGCGGUCUGGAGAUAAGCCGAGAUCUCCCGACGCCCCGUCACGCAGCCAGCGCUGUGGAGCAGGACCCUGACGGCGGGGGAUCCCGCUGGCUUUCUACAGAAAAGCUCUCUGACGGAGACGUUGGCGCUCGCCCAUCCCCAGCCAAAGGCUUCGCGGCGGGGUCGUCGUCUCCCCCGCGGAAAGCUCUUUCCUGUAUCCACGUCACGCUUUCCCCCAAACAAGACGUUCGGAAGACCGAAGUGGUGACGUUGGAAACCUCAGAAGGCAAGCACUGGGUGGAUCGACUAAUCGGGUCAGAACCGGCCGAGAACGAGCGGCCCCCGCGAGGUAAAGCAAUGGACCCCUCCGAUAACUCGUAUUAUCUGCAUCCUCCCGCUGGGGGGAACAAGUCCGCGACGCCGGCCAGGGGGGGAAGCGACGGGCGGACGAUCCUCGUUUCCGAAGCCAAGAAGCGAUGGCCGCUGUCCGACGCCGCGACGCAGAUAACCACCGAGAGUCCCCAGAAAACCACUUUUUCAGCUGAAAUUUUCAUUGACGGCAACGAGAAGGAAAAUACAAAAUCACGUUCAUCCCAACUGGAGACUGAAGAGGUUCCGGAGCGGAUUCCCGCGCAUAGUCCCCGAUUCCCCCACCUCCACCGGGCGGCCGAUCAACCUCUGCUGCUGCCGUACCGGCCCCCGGGGAGCCCGGGGCUCUUCUACGUCCCGUAUCUGGAAGGCUCAGCCCGGGUUUCACCCACCAGCACCGUAGAAAGUUCCCAUCCAGGUUCCAUUGACGCCGUGUCCCCCAAGUUCCCAGCCGAGGUGCUGGGCUCCGCCGCCGCCGAUCGUGUGGAUGCCGGGGUCCCCAGACACAGCCGGGGCAUUUACAGCACGCGGGCCGAGCCGGAGAUAACCCGGAGGGGCAGCUCGGCGCGGGACAAGAAACCUUCGCCAGAUGUAACAAAUGACGUGGAGCUCCCUGCAAAACUCCAACCUUCAUCCACUCCGACUGCUAGAGCUCUCUCACGCCAGGGGCCCGAAAGCCACUUCGGCUCCUUCGCCGAGCCUUCCCAUGAGUCCCUUCGAGACAAGAGCUUACGAUCGAGAGCGGAACCCCGAGCGAGAGCCAGGAAUUUGGCGGAGCAGCCGGGCGCGUCUUACCCGGAGGAAAACGACUUCUUCCCCCUAAAACCCGAACCCGACUACAGCCGGGGGAGACGCGCCGACUUCAACCAGAAACACAAGCACUCCGAGGAGAGAUCCGGCGGCAGAGAAGCUCCGGGUUAUGAGCCUCUUCGUUUGGGGAGACCCGAGGUCAGAGGUCACAUCACUGACCGGACCCAUACGGAAAGUCCCUACGAUCCGGCCAGAUCGGAAGCCUGGGGUCUCCGAGAGAGUCAGAAAAGUAACAGGAGCGAGGCGGCUGCCGGCGGCGUCUGUAGCUCCCAGACGAGUGAGGUUCCCGAGAGACUGGAGAAGACCGGGUCCACCGCAUCGGAUCAGAGCCUCGAUGACCUCUGGGCUCGUUUUACCGACGGGAGGAAGAACCAGCGGUCAGAGUCCAGCAAUAACCUUGAGAUGUCCUUGCUGGAGCGUUUAGAUCGUCUAGCGAGGUUGGUACAAGGUUCCCGCUCCGUAUCGCUGGCCUCCGAGAGAGAUGAGCGAGUCCAGAAGACGACCAAAAGCAGAGAAGAUGUACCGGAUGUUAAAAAGAUCUCUGCACGUCCCGCAAGGAGGCCGUUUGGUGAGAAGUUCCACGAUGGACCCGUAGAGUCCAACUCAGGGACAGAAAGCACCGCGGCGGAGACGGAAACCGCGACGCAGACCGACAGCGAGUCCGUCAGCAGCUCCAUAUCCACCAUCGACACGGAGCGGCUCAUACGCGCCUUCGGCCCCGAGAGAGUCCGUCCGUCGGCGAAGCUCUCUGACUUAUACAGCGCCAUCGAACUUCAGAAGAAGCGACGUGAAACCUCAACGAGGAAGCAGAGCCGUCCGCCCGGGGCCAACGAAUUCCCGCAAGGAGAGCGGAGCGAAUUCCUGAAACGGCUUAAGACGACCGGUUCGGGCUCUACAUCCGGCAGCUCCUGGGAGCCGAGCGCAGCGCCGAGAAGCAAAAGGAACGGCAAGCUGAGUAAAGGCAUUCAGACGGGAGACCUCGAAAUCGUGACCGGCGCUACCCGGAAACACACCAGAGACGUCGGCACCACCUUCCCCUCUCCACGUGGAGAGCAGCGGAGACCCAACGGGGAGCCCCCGGCGUCGGGACCCCCACAGAGCGAUGAACCCUGGAGCCACCGGCCGUGGUGGGGCGCAGGACAAAUACCACAAGGUGUGAGCUGGUUCGUCCCGGCAGAGGAUCUGAAAUCGGCAGUGAAGACCGGCCCGGCCCCGGCUUGGUACGAACCGGCGCCAAACACCAAGCCCUGGCGGCAGCCCCUGCGAGAAAAGCACCUACAAGAAGAGUCCGCGGGGAGAUCCGGUCGGCUCCCGAAUGGGCCGCGUCGUGACACGGAGACGGAGAACAGGUCGCCCGCGCCCUUCGUAAAAGUAACCCUGCAGGAAUGGCUGGAGACGCGGCGGCCGGACUUCAUCUUCCGCUCCGGGGAGAGAGUCAAACGGCUGCAGCUUCUGGCCAAGGAGCGGCGGAUCCAAAGAACGUUCCAGAACCAGCGCGACGAGCUCUUCAACCCGCCGGCGACACGAGGGGACCGCCACCGCAGGGACGUCUAUAACGGUGCGAAGACGAGGCAGAGAGACAGAGCGAUCCCGAAGAAAGAGAUGGUGGAGCGGUCUAAACGAAUCUACCAGCAGCUUCCGGAAAUAAGGAAGAAAAAAGCGGAGGAGAAGCGCCGGUCGGAGUGCGAGGAGAAUCGCCUGAAAGCUCAGCUCUUCAAAAAGAAAGUCACAAAUCAAGUUUUAGGAAGAAAGACUCCGUGGAACUGACCAAAAGUGAGCCGAGCCCCUGUCCGCUUAACGGCGCGCCUUUUAUGAUAUAGAUCUAUUUUGUAGCGCGUGACGCCGAUGUGUUUGUAGAUAAUGCUUUUGUAAAGGUUUUAGAUCAGAUUUUUGAUGUACAUUGAUUUUAAUUAUUUUUUUACACGCAGCAAUGAAAUAAAGUCUCUGAACCCCG